AACGUAUCACGUGCCGUAACGCGUUGACGUCAGCACGUCCAGGAAAGGAAGUGAACACGUGGUUUACGGCUGUCCACGCUUCUACAUACAGUGACAAUCGUGUUGUUUCUCAUCAGUUGCAGACAAUUUCGAUCAUUUCAACAGCAGAAGAAUGGCAGUCCGUGCAUCUUUUGAGAAAAAUAAUGAAAUUGGGUGCUUUGCCAAGCUGACAAACACGUAUUGCUUAGUGGCGAUUGGUGGUUCAGAAAACUUUUACAGUGUCUUUGAAGGUGAACUGUCAGAAACGAUGCCUGUCGUUCAUGCCUCUAUAGCAGGAUGUCGAAUUAUUGGCAGAAUGUGUGUUGGAAAUCGUCACGGUCUCUUGGUGCCCAACAACACGACAGAUCAAGAGUUACAGCACAUCAGAAACUGCCUGCCGGAGUCGGUGCGGAUUCAGAGAGUAGAAGAGCGUCUUUCUGCGCUGGGGAACGUCAUCUCUUGUAACGACUACGUUGCUCUAGUUCAUCCUGAUCUUGACAGAGAAACAGAAGAGAUUCUUGCAGACACUCUCAAGGUGGAAGUGUUCAGACAGACGAUUGCGGAGCAGGUGCUUGUGGGUAGUUACUGUGCCUUCAGUAACCAGGGAGGCCUCGUCCACCCCAAAACCUCCAUAGAAGAUCAAGAUGAACUCUCGUCACUCCUACAAGUACCUUUAGUGGCCGGGACGGUCAACCGCGGCAGCGAGGUUAUCGCUGCUGGUAUGGUGGUGAACGACUGGUGUGCCUUCUGUGGACUGGACACCACGAGCACUGAGCUGUCCGUCAUCGAGAGCGUCUUCAGACUGAGUGAAACGCAGCCCAGCGCCAUCGCGACCACCAUGAGAGACUCGCUCAUCGACAGUCUCACAUAAAACUGAAACGGUCUUUAUUUCGUGGGGGGACGCCUGAAUGGACUUGGAAGUCAUUCGAUGCUUUGAAGGCUGAUUAUGUCUCCCUUUAGGGAGAAACACACUCUUGUCUUUAUACCAUGAGAAAACGUGUUGUCGUUAUGAUAUUCGUGUAUAAACUGCUUGUCACGCUGUCUUUUUGUGAAAACACAAAGCAUCGAUGGGCUGUUUUUAUCUGUAAAUCACUUCACAUACUGCAUAAAAAAAAGAUGGUGGCAGAUGUAGAGUUUGUUUGCUCGCACAAUGCAGCAUCAAUAAAGCUGUGCAUGAUCAACACAGACUGGUUUGGGAAAUAAAAAUCAUAAACCUUCA